CGGGCGGAGACCACACUCCCCCUUCCCCGCCGGCGGCGGCGGCGGCGGCGGGGGCAGGACAAUGGAGGUGGCUGUGGAGAAGGCGGCGGCGGCGGCGGCUUCGGCGGCGGCCGCCGGGGGGCCCUCGGCGGCGCCGAGCGGGGAGAACGAGGCCGAGAGUCGGCAGGGCCCGGACUCGGAGCGCGGCGGCGAGGCGGCCCGGCUCAACCUGUUGGACACUUGCGCUGUGUGCCACCAGAACAUCCAGAGCCGGGUGCCCAAGCUGCUGCCCUGCCUGCACUCCUUCUGCCAGCGCUGCCUGCCCGCGCCCCAGCGCUACCUCAUGCUGCCGGCGCCCAUGCUGGGCUCGGCCGAGACCCCGCCGCCCGUCCCCGCCCCCGGCUCGCCAGUCAGCGGCUCGUCGCCUUUCGCCACCCAAGUUGGAGUCAUUCGAUGCCCAGUUUGCAACCAAGAAUGUGCAGAGAGGCACAUCAUAGAUAAUUUUUUUGUGAAGGACACUACUGAGGUUCCCAGCAGUACAGUAGAAAAGUCUAAUCAGGUAUGUACAAGCUGUGAGGACAAUGCAGAAGCUAAUGGGUUUUGUGUAGAGUGUGUUGAAUGGCUCUGCAAGACAUGUAUCAGAGCUCAUCAAAGGGUGAAGUUCACAAAAGAUCACACUGUCAGACAGAAAGAGGAAGUAUCUCCAGAGGCAGUUGGUGUGACCAGUCAGCGACCAGUGUUUUGUCCCUUUCAUAAAAAGGAGCAGUUGAAGCUUUACUGUGAGACAUGUGACAAACUGACAUGUCGGGACUGCCAGUUAUUAGAACAUAAAGAGCAUAGAUAUCAAUUUAUAGAAGAAGCUUUUCAGAAUCAGAAAGUGAUCAUAGAUACACUAAUCACCAAACUGAUGGAAAAAACGAAAUACAUAAAAUUCACAGGAAAUCAGAUCCAAAACAGAAUAAUUGAAGUAAAUCAAAAUCAAAAACAGGUAGAACAGGAUAUUAAAGUUGCUAUAUUUACAUUGAUGGUAGAAAUAAAUAAAAAAGGAAAAGCUCUACUACAUCAGCUAGAGAGCCUUGCAAAGGAUCAUCGCAUGAAACUUAUGCAGCAACAACAGGAAGUGGCUGGACUUUCUAAACAAUUGGAACAUGUCAUGCAUUUUUCUAAAUGGGCAGUUUCCAGUGGCAGCAGUACAGCAUUACUUUAUAGCAAGCGACUGAUUAUAUACCGGUUACGGCACCUCCUUCGUGCAAGGUGUGAUGCUUCUCCAGUGACCAACAACACCAUCCAAUUUCACUGUGAUCCUAGUUUCUGGGCUCAAAAUAUUAUCAACUUAGGUUCUUUAGUAAUCGAGGAUAAAGAGAGUCAACCACAAAUGCCUAAGCAGAAUCCUGUCGUGGAACAAAAUUCACAGCCACCAGGUGGUUUAUCUUCAAACCAGUUAUCCAAGUUUCCAACACAGAUCAGCCUAGCUCAGUUACGACUCCAGCAUAUGCAGCAACAGGUAAUGGCUCAGAGGCAACAGGUGCAACGGAGGCCAGCACCUGUGGGUUUACCAAACCCUAGAAUGCAGGGGCCCAUCCAGCAGCCUUCCAUCUCUCUUCAGCAACCCCCUCCACGUUUGAUAAAUUUUCAAAAUCACAGCCCCAAACCCAAUGGACCAGUGCUUCCUCCUCACCCUCAACCACUGAGGUUUUCACCAAACCAGAAUAUACCACGACAAGCAAUAAAACCCAACCCCCUACAGAUGGCUUUCUUGGCUCAACAAGCCAUAAAACAGUGGCAGAUCAGCAGCGGACAGGCUGCCCCAUCAACGGCCAACAGCACGUCCUCAACUCCUUCCAGUCCCACCAUUACUAGUGCAGCAGGGUACGAUGGAAAGACUUUUGGUUCACCUAUGAUUGAUUUGAGUGCACCAGUGGGAGGUUCUUACAAUCUCCCUUCUCUUCCAGAUAUUGACUGUUCAAGUACUAUAAUGCUGGACAAUAUUGGGAGAAAAGAUACCAGUGUAGAUCCUGGCCAGCCAAGACCACCUUCAAACAGAACAGUCCAGUCACCAAAUUCAUCAGUGCCAUCUCCAGGCCUUGCAGGACCUGUUACUAUGACUAGUGUACACCCCCCAAUACGUUCACCUAGUGCCUCCAGCGUUGGGAGCCGAGGAAGCUCUGGCUCUUCCAGCAAACCAGCAGGAGCUGAUUCUACCCACAAAGUUCCAGUGGUGAUGUUGGAGCCAAUCCGAAUAAAACAAGAAAACAGUGGACCACCUGAAAAUUAUGAUUUUCCUGUUGUUAUAGUAAAACAAGAAUCAGAUGAAGAAUCUAGGCCUCAAAAUACCAACUAUCCAAGAAGCAUACUCACCUCCCUGCUCUUAAACAGCGGUCAGAACUCUGCUUCUGAGGAGACUGUGCUAAGAUCAGAUGCCCCUGAUAGUACAGGAGAUCAACCUGGACUUCACCAGGAAAAUUCCUCAAAUGGAAAGUCUGAGUGGCUAGAUGCCUCCCAGAAGUCACCCCUUCAUGUUGGAGAGACAAGGAAAGAGGAUGACCCCAAUGAGGACUGGUGUGCAGUUUGUCAAAACGGAGGAGAACUCCUAUGCUGUGAGAAGUGUCCCAAAGUAUUCCAUCUUUCUUGUCAUGUGCCCACAUUGACAAAUUUUCCAAGUGGAGAGUGGAUUUGCACUUUCUGCCGAGACUUAUCUAAACCAGAAGUUGAAUAUGAUUGUGAUGCUCCCAGUCAAAACGCAGAAAAAAAGAAAAAUGAAGGCCUUUAUAAAUUAACACCAAUAGAUAAAAGGAAGUGUGAACGCCUACUUUUAUUUCUAUACUGCCAUGAAAUGAGCCUGGCUUUUCAAGACCCUGUUCCUCUGACUGUGCCUGAAUAUUACAAAAUAAUUAAAAGUCCAAUGGACUUGUCAACCAUCAAGAAAAGAUUACAAGAAGAUUGUUCCAUGUACACAAAGCCUGAAGAUUUUGUUGCUGAUUGUAAAUUGAUCUUUCAAAACUGUGCUGAAUUCAAUGAGCCUGAUUCAGAAGUAGCCAAUGCUGGUAUAAAACUUGAAAGCUAUUUUGAAGAACUUCUAAAGAAUCUUUAUCCAGAAAAAAGGUUUCCUAAACUAGAAUUUCGUAAUGAAUCAGAAGAUAAUAAAUAUAGUGAUGAUUCAGAUGAUGACUUUGUACAGCCCCGGAAGAAACGCCUCAAAAGCAUCGAGUAAUGCCAGUUGCUUAAAUAAGGAAUGCCGUUGGCAUGUGCUGGUUUUUAGAGUUUUUGUUUGUUUGUUUUCAAAAAACAUUUGUCAGUAAUUUAACAUCACCACAAAGAGUUUGUGACCACUCAGUUUUUGAUGUUUACUGGACUUCGAUUUUCUUAAUAACCCAUUUCUUUAACCUCUUAUCAUUAAGAAAAGAACUCAAAGAGGAAGAAAGGAAAUGAAAGGAAGGAGGGAAGGAAAAGAUGGUAGAAAAGAAGAAAGAAGCAUCAACAGUGAAGUAAACAGACAUUUUUCCCACUUCUUGGAUUUCAAAACCACAGUUUGUAGCAAUAGCUACUAUAGAAGGGAAAUAGACUUUGUAUGAACUCUAAGUUGAAAUGUGGUUUGAAUGUGUGAAUUAAUCCACUUUUAGAAAAUUAAUACCACUACCCAUUAAUUAUGGGUAAUAUUAAGAUAGAAGUGUACUGCACCUAAGAGCAGUACUUGCAAACAUGAGUGGUGACAAGAGGAUACCAACCCGGGCAAGAAAAGGGUAGAUUAGAUGCUAUUAAGAAGGCACCUAAUAGUAUAUCAUGUAAGAUGGAAACUGUAUUAAAGAAAAAUCAGGAAAACAAAUGGUUGAUUUUUGUUUUUGUUUUUAUCUUGUCUAUAGAAAUGUUCUGUAUAGCAGGUUUUCAAGGCCAUUUUUCAUACAUUUCUAGAUCUAGAUUUUCAACUUCUUCCACUGAAGGAAAUAAGUGUACACAUUUGGUUUUGCUGUGUGUCUGUAUGUGGUUGGUUGGUUGUUUUUUAACUGUGCAGGUGAUCCUUCUAUAACAAGCCUCAUCGUUUGCAGUAUGGCUUUAGUGAAGCUACCUAAACUGUAAAAUACAGCAGUGUACACCGUAUUUGAUGUGAGGUUUCUUUAACAUAUACUCUGUUGGGCAUUAAAUAUAAGUUCCCCUGAAAGGGUC